ACUGAUCAUGUCAACAAAGAUGGCGGCCAUGCUUGGGAAACCCCGGGUACCACUCUCAUCAUUUACCAAGACUACUAGAUGUUGAAAUCUGUAUAAAUACGAAUUCUAAAAAUCUAGAAUUUCAGGAUUCUUGCAGUGAAAUCAGUCUCUGGAUAUUUUAUAUACUGAGUAUUAUACAUCCUGAAAUAAAUCUUAAUUUUUUACUUAUUUAGUUUGCAUAAAUGCAUUGUCUACACACUUAAAAAGGAAUGAUAAAUAUUGUCAAUGGUGAUUUUUAUUUGUUUCAUUAUAGCUUUAAAUAAGUUUGAAACAACAUAGAAAAAAAAGAUGAAAGGUCGUUUCAGCAGCAUUGAUAUAGCAGUUAUAACUCAUGAAUUAAAACGGUGAGUAAAAUUGUAUUUUUAAAAACAUACUAUUUUAAACUAUCUUGUCUGGGAUUAAAACUUUUUUUUUAAAUUUAAGGCUGAGGAGAGGGGUGCUGGUGUUGGAACUUGACUUCAUCCAUUAAACCUGUUAACAGAAGAAAAGAAAGAACAAAGAUACAGCGAAAUAUUUUUAAUUUAAAAGUAUAUUUCAUAACAUAAAACUGUAAAAAUGGACGGUUCUAGCCUUUUUGUGUAUCUUCUGGAUUUCUCUUCUUCAUCUGGAUUCGAUGAAGUCACAAGGGCCACUUGUCUCUCACCUUUCACAAGCAGUGAAAAUCGGCAUUAAAACUAAUAAAUAUACAGUCAAUACAUAUAUAUAUAUUUAAAAAAUUCCUUUAAAAAAAAAUUCAGGUCUCUCUUUGUGCUUGCAUAAAUGACCAUUGGGCCUUAAUAUGGAAUCAAAAUAGAUUUGAUUGUUAUAAUUGCCCAAAUCAAUUAACGAAUGCUUUUAUAAAUAUUCUGAAUAUGUCUUUAAUAUUCUCAGAUUUAUUGGAAUGCGUGUGGUAAAUGUUUAUGACAUUGACAACAAAACAUAUCUGAUCAGAUUGGGAAAGUAAGUAAAAUUAAUUAUUUCUAGCAAAACAUUCACUCCCUUAAAUAUCAGGGCUAUUCUUUCUCUGUGCCUUAUUAGCUUGCUACUACAAAUUAAUAACAAUGUGAUGCUUUGAGGAGGCAGUUUAGUGAGGCUUACCAAAUUACCAAAUGAGAGUUACUACACUGAAAGCUUUUUUUUUUUUCCUUUUCACUUCAUCCUGCUAGGAGUGUCAUAGAAUGUUUCAGCACUUCAGCCUUCAAAGCAUUAAUGGAAAUAUAUAAAAUAAUUGAAUGGCAUUAAAUAUUUAAAAAAAAAGUGUUUUAACAAAUUGCAUAUGAAAACCCUAGUGCUAAAAAUACUUAAGUCACAUUUUUUUCAAAAUCAAUCUUAAACUGUGAACUUUUCUUAUCCGGUUUAGCCAAGUGUACUGCAGAAAUUUGAACACAUUAAAACGUACCUAAGUCCCUUAAUUAAACAAGAUAAAAUGUAAAAAUUAUCACCUUUUAUGGAAGAAAAGAAUAUUUGAACUUGAAACUCUCAAAUAUGUAUUUUGUGACCAAGGUACUUUUAAGGUACCUACUAAGGUCUUCAAUUGCAUUAACUCUGAAAACAAUGAACUUGUUGGAAUAGUUAAAUUUGAAAGUUACUUUUGGGAGUAAGAUGUAUACCAAAUUUUAGUUCUGCAUCAUCCCACAAACCAGAAAUAUUUGAUCAUAAAAAGGGAUUUUACAAAGUACAGGGUUUUUGAGAGAUGAAAAUUAAGUUGAAACUGAAUAUCAAGUUUAGUUUUAUUAUGGGAUUCAAUUCUGAGAUUUUUCUAUACUCAACAUCUGUAUCUAAGUUUCAUAGCCAUUAACCAACUCACUCUUCUUUUUUUUUUUUUCAGACCUGAUGAAAAAUCUGUUAUACUUUUAGAGUCUGGAAUUCGCCUGCACAGUACUGAUUUUGACUGGCCAAAAAAUCCUGCUCCUUCAGGAUUUUCUAUGAAGGUGUCUAAACAUUCUGAUCAUUAGACAAAUUAUAAUUUGUCUUUUUCAAUCUGUUUUAAAAAAAAUUAUGCUAAAGGAACAUAUGAGUAUUAGAACGCAAAAUAAGUAUCAAGAUUAUCAAUUAUUAAUGUUCUGACUUGUAAUUUUAAACAAACAGUAUGUUUUAUCACCAGUAUAAACUCAAACAAAUUUUUUAAAUGUCCCUAUUGCUCACCACUUGAAAAUUAAAUGAACAUGUUUUGUAUUACAGUAUUUUUUUUAUCAUAUAUUUCCAUGAUGCAGCAUUAAAAAAAAUUUCAUUAAGAUUUGUAUUAUAGUUAUAAUUUUGUGAAAUCCUUUGUAGCUUAGAAAACACCUAAAAGGAAGACGUCUUGAAAAUAUUAGUCAGUUGGGAAUAGACAGAAUUGUGGACCUGCAGUUUGGCUCAAGUGAAGCAGCUUACCAUGUAAUUUUGGAACUCUAUGAUAGGGUAAGGUAAACCCAGCACUCAUAAGAACCCAAAAAAUAUUGUUAAAAUUGUGUUGCUUUAAUUAAACUUUGUUUUACUUGAAAAUUACCUCUAAGUUAAAAUUUCUGAGUAAACUGUCAACCAUAAACUCCUUUGAAAGAUUUAAAAAUUAAAGGUAUUUAAUUGUUGAAUCCUUGAAUUUUUUCCAAAUCUGUAAUUGCUCUCAAGUCUAAAAUAUAAGAAUCUUACUUCAGCAGUACAACAGUAUUGAAAAAUUACUCAGAAAUAUUUUCCAUUGAUUUUAUUAUAUGUUCACACUGGGUUGUGAAUUACUUUUCACAGCUCUACAAUUUUUUUCAUUCUCAUCAUAAGGGAUAAACCUCUUGCUUCGCACAGUGUUCGAUAAAAAAUAAUGUCAUUCCUCAUAACAGCCGAAAUGAAUCACAAACCCAAUUACCAUAUCCCAUAACAACCAUCAGACACAGCUCAUAAGAAAGAUUGUGAUAUUACAAAAUUACUCCUAGUAAGGUCUAACACAUGAUGGUCUUAGGGUAAUUGAAUUAAAAGCCCCUUUUUGUUUGUAAUCUUGUACUUAGCCCAGUAAAGAGCUGCAUAGCUUCUGUUCAAUUAUAUUUAUAAUUGGCAAAUACUUUUGUUGCUUCUAUCAGGGGAAUAUGAUACUAACAGAUCAUGAAUUUACCAUUCUCACAUUGCUGAGAACAAGAGAAGAUUCCAGCCAAGAUGUCAAGUUCGCCGUCAGAGAAAUCUAUCCAAUGAAUAUUGGCAGACAGCAUGUAGUUCUUUCCAGAGAGAGGUAAUAUCGGUAUCACUUUUUAGGUCAUAGUUUAUAUAUGUGUAAAUUACAUGCAUUUGUUUGUAUUUUUGUGGGAUUUAGAUAUUGUAAUUUAAAUUCAGGUUGUUUUUAUAUAAAGCUGGCUAACAUUAUUGUAUGAACUUAAAAGUAAAAAUGUACUUAAGAUUGAAAAAAAAAAAAAAGCCAAUAUUAAGAAUUAAUGAGGUAAUCUUCUUGCAGAGCAUUGCUUUCAAGUUAUGUUAUAUCAUACUUUACAUGAAAGGAAACAGGUUAAUUAUUUAUAGCAUAAUCAAAGAAGUUUUUAAUUUUUUAUUUAGGGAAAUAAAAAAAACAAAAUGGCUUUUAAUUUUAAGGUAGUUCUGCAUUAGCUAAUAAGUAAAUAAAUAGCUUAAUUCCCAAAAUCUUGUUUAAUUAUAUCUGUGAAAAGUGGAAAACCUUUUAAAAAUGUGUGAUCUAUUAGUGAAGUGGCUAUUUUAAAAAAAAGUAAAUAAUUAAAAGGUUAAAAGUUCUUGUCCCGUCAUCUUAGAAAUGAAAUGUGACUUUUUCUUUCCAGACAAAUUUUUAAUAAUGCAAAUUAAAAGAAGAAAACUAUCAUUAACGAAUGUCUGCAUAGCUGUGUUUUUGAAAACCUUCUCACUGAUUUGAUUACUUAGUAAACACUGGGUUCAAGCCAUGUGAAUUUUUUUUCCCAUUUUUCUUCUCCAGAAUAAAGGAAUUGAUGCUGAGUGGUAAAGAUGGGGAUGUCCUAAAAAAGAUUUUAUUACCAAAUGUGGGUAAGUUCUUUAAUUGUCUUAGUGUCUUAAUUAGUAGUCAACUUUUUUUUUUUUUUUUAUUUUUUACCUCAGACACUAUUUUUUUCUCUUUUGUGUAAAAUGAUUUUAUUUUCUCUUUCUCCCAACCCCCCCCCCCCCCCCCCCCCCUUUUUUUUUUUUUUUUUUUUUUUUUCUUUAUCUAUUUUUUUUUUCUUUUUUUUUAAAAAUUAUUUUUUUUUUCUUUUCCUCCUCCCCCCCCCCCCCCAACCCCGUACUUUUGAAAGAGAAAUUUUAAUUUGAUAAAUUUAAUCAUUAAAACUACCUAAGACUUCUUGAACUAACAGACAAUGCUAAGAGCUGACAUUUCCAUAUUGCAGAGAAUUCAUACCUAAAGGAUAUAAUAAUAAAUUGUUUUAACUGCAGGAUGUCUUGAAUCAAAGUUGAAAAUUGGGGUCCUUAUAUGCAACGCUGGUUUUAAUAUCAACACAAACUUAUACAGUUGGAUAAAUUUAUAUGUUCUUGUUAUAAAUUGACUCUGGAUUUUAAUUCUACAUUUUCUCACAGACUUUGGCCCAGCAAUAAUCGAUCAUGUUUUACUCGGAGCUGGAUUCUCAGAGAAUGUUAAAAUCGGCAAAAACUUUAGCCUAGAAAAUGGUGUGGUACCUUUAUAACAUCUUGAAAUGAUUGUGUAUGAUUACCUAUUAUUUUAAGCUAAUUCAUAAGCUCCAUAUGGGGUAAUAAAAAACAACAGUUGAUACCUGCUUUAUUGUAGUGCCAUUUAAUAUUAAAGAUUUUGAAAAAAAUUUUUUUAACCAAUUAUAAUAAUAAAAGACAUAUUUGCAUCAAAUUUUUUUAAAGAGAUUUAAAUUUUAAAUAUUUCAAAUUUUUUUUAUAACAUGAAUAAAAAUGUGUGUUUUGAGUAUGGGUAUUCUCACUAGUAAUUGUUGCUCACCUAAUAUUGUGUUUUAUUGCGCCGGCGUGUCUUGUUUAGUAGUUAAGUUAAUGAAUUCUUUUCCUACCUUUAGACAUAUAAUAGUAAUUGUGAUGUUUUAUCUAUAAUAGAUGCAUUUUUCGUAGAGCAGUUGAUGAGAGAACUUUUCGGUGAAAAGCUCUACAAUACUCUUCUUAUUAAAUUAUUAGAUUAAAGUUUACAUUGCUAAUGGAAAAGGACUUGUGAUCAGUUCAGCGUGAUAACAACUGUUGAACGUGUACAAAUCAUUGACAGUGUGCUCCUCAAAUGUCUUAUAAGUUGUUGCUUCUUAAAUAUGUUUAAUUCACAUUGAUGCAUCAGUCAUGUUUAGAUGUACCGGGUAUCACUUUUAUUUAAAUGUAUCACUCAGAUGUAUCACUCAUAUUUAGAUCUUUUGCUCAUAUUUAGAUUUAGACAAGCUGAUGGAUGCUCUACAUGAAGCAGAGAAUUUGUUGGUGGAUUUUACGACAAAACCUUGUAAGGUAAGACACAGCAACUUGUAAGAUGCUGAUCCUUUUUAAAAUAUUUAUAUAUUUACAUAUAUCCUGAACGUGUAAAGGAUACAAAGAAAUGUCUUUCUCAGCAGCUAUGUCCCUUUGGACAAUUCAAAGUUGUGAGAGCAACUGGUCCUAGUUUGAUGCCAAUGAAAUAUAUUCAACCAUUGUAAAAGCACAAUUUUUAAAAUAAUUUUGUUUUGAUCGGAAAAUUUAAGUCAUUAUCAUAAAUCUUGUAAGGUUUUGUUUAAUUUUGAAAUUUGUAGCAAGACCAUAAUGCACCAGUCAUAUAAAUUAAUUCAAUUUAAUUGUAAACAUAAUUUCUUUUAAUAUCUUCUUUAAUUUAAACAUGGUCCCUAAAAGUAUUUACAUUUUUAAAAACACUAAUGGCAAUUUAAAUUGAUAAUGGCACGAAAGACUGAAUAAAUAUAACAGAAAUAAUUACAUAUUAUACAAUUUGGUUUCAGGGUUAUAUUGUACAGAAAAAGGACAAAAAGCCUAAUCCUGCUCCUGGAGAGGAGGUAGACAUUUUAUUGUGAGUAAGAUAGAGAUUGUUUUAAGAUUUUAUGCAAAUAGAAAAUUGUGAGUACUACUAUAUUUUGUCUCACUGCUGUGUUUCCAAAAGAUCCUAGGAAUGUAUAGAUUGAAAUAAACUUGAUUGUGGUCUCGAGUAUUUGAAUAAAAUUUGUGUGUGGAAAGACUCUUUUAAAUAAAAAUUUUGUCAGGACUAGACUCCCCCCACCCCCUCCCCCCACACCUUUUUUUAUUUAAUUGUAGUUGAAUUUCAUCAAUAUGUCAUAGAAUUUCUAUUGAUAAGGUUGCCAGAAAAUUGGAAAACAAACAUCUGUUAAUAAAUAUUAGAGCUAUUGAUGCAAAUAUUUACAUUUUAGGCACAUUCUAUCAUUAUGAUGUUGGAAGAAUAAUUUAUUGAUUUGUCUCCAGCUGUGCUCUCUUGCUUUAAUGUAACUGAACAAAAUAAAAGCAUACAUUAUGUUCAGUAAGUUUUGCAUACUUCUUUUAUAACUAGAAUAAAAAAACAAAUCGCUUUUCAUUACCUGUAGUGACUGGCCAAAAGGUUUUUGAUCCUCAUCAUCCUGUUCAUUUCAUGUACCUUUGUGUUAUCAAAACCUUUCCUAAACAUCCCAGUCCUCAGAAUUUGAAGUUUGCAAGCUCUUUUUUACUUUUGAACUUGUUUACACUUAGAAUUGGAGUUGUGUGUUGUUGUUUUUUGGGUCUCAUGGUGGGCAUAGCAUUAGUCAAUGUUCAUGCAAAUAUCUUAACGGCAGUUGCCAUCAAAGUCUAAAAAAAAAUUUUUUUUUGAUAGGUAAGUCCUAAAUAAAUGGCUCCCCUUUUUUUAAUGAUGGCACAGUGGAAAAAAUAAUCCACAACUUAUGUGCCUUACUGAUAAUUAUAUUAUUGUCUUUCUUGUUGACAGAUAUGAAGAAUUUCAUCCGUAUCUGUUCCACCAGCAUGAAAAGAAGCCCUUCAUUGAGUUUGAUCAGUUUGAUAAGGUGAGCAUUUUAUAACAGUUUUGUUAUCAUUUUCAAGACUAAAUAGUUAUUUAAAUCAUAAUGCAAGGGACUCUAUUUAGUAUUUACUAAAAUUAUCUUGCCUCAAACUUUACUGAAGGAGAUGUUAAACAUCAAUGUCCUUAAGCACAGAAAGUCUGGAACAUGAUAUCCCUUGCACGUUUUAUUCUAGCUGAUGUGAAAAUUUUUAUCCCACAGAGUCGUAUGUUUAGUAUGUUAUGUCCAACACUCUCAUAACUAGAGCUUCAAAGUGCAUUGGGUUUUAGUUUAUUUAUUUGUUUAAAGGACUGUUAAACUUAAUUGAGCUUUUAAUGGCCUUAAAUAUAUAUAAAAUAUCAACAUGCCACAAUUAUGUCUAAUCUUUUGUAGGCUGUUGAUGAAUUUUUCUCUAAGCUUGAGAGUCAACGUGUUGAGGUUAAAGUUCUUCAGCAAGUGAGUUUUUAAAAAAAAUCUUAAUCAGUGUUUUUUGGUUAUUGUUGUUUUUUUUUUUGACAUUAUUUAUGAAUUUGUUCUUUAAAAAAAAAUGAAACUAAACAUUUAGUUGAUUUAGGAUUAAAACAAAAUAUUGUUAACUUUUUGGGGGGAAAAAAAAUAUUUUUGCUUGUGAUGGUUUUAAAAGUAAAUGUUCAGUUCAUAGUGUUAAAUAAAUAGAGUUUUUAUGUAUAUAUAUAUAAUGUUGUUUUUUUUUAUAAUAACCUUUUGCCACAAUUUGUUGAAUUUCAAUUAAGUAAUACAUAUUUUCUUUCCUAGGAAAAGUCAGCAAUGAAAAAACUAGAACAUGUGAAAAAAGACCAUGAAAAAAGGCUUGAAGGCUUACAGAAAGAACAGGUGAUAUUGCUUGACAUGUGAAUAUAAAACAAAAUGUUAGACAAACCAGGGUUUGAGUAAAGUGGUUCAUCUUUUAAAACAAAAUAAUUUAAUGAGCCGGAAAGCUUAAAGAAAAUCUAAGGACUCUACAGUAAUAAUAAUAAGGAACACUUAAGUGAAAAGCCAGCUGGAUAUAUAUAUACAUUAUGUCAGCCCAUUUAAUGUCAUUCUCUGAGUUAGAACCAAAGAACAUUGAGAUAAUUUUUGCUAUCCUCUGAUUUAUAAACAAAUAACAUUGAGAUAAUUACUCCCAUCUUCUGAUUUAGAAACAAAGAACAUUGAGAUAAUUACUGCUAUCCUCAAGGCUAACUUUCAUAUUGUCUUUGGGAAAGUUUGUGGAAAGAAUCAUGCAAUUUUUUGUGGAAUAAGGGGCUAAGAAAAUAGGCAUUUAAGAUCUAAAUUUGAAAAUAGGAAUAAUAUACAGAUUUGAGAAGAGAUUAAGAUGAGACUUGCUAACUUGCUAUAAAUAAAUAGGAUUAAAAGGAGGAAGUAGCUCAUGGCAAUGCUGCAAUUGUUAUACCGGCACUUGUUUACUCUUAACAGGAAACUGAUUUUUUGAAAGGUCAACUUAUUGAAAAUAAUCUUCAUCUGGUAAGUCAAGCAUUACAUCAAUAUGAAUUUUUUCCGCAUCACUUUAUACAACAUUGUUAAAUUGAAUGUAGUUAAUUUUUACCCAUGUGUGCUAUAACAAUGAUAAUUAAAGUGAGAUUAUGUAUAGGUCUUAAGUUAACUCUUUGACUCCCGGGGGUAUUUCCAAGGCUUUACCAAACACUUUCAGACAAAGGGCAAAUCUAAAUCCUGACAGUGUUAUAAGAUAGGUCCCAAGUGUUGUCUAUUAAAAAUUAAUGGAAUGUACUUUUCUAUGACAUGACUCCAUAUAAAUUCGGACCAUAGACAAAUAAAGUUUUUGUUGACAGAUGAAAAUAUAUAUGAAAAAAUUAAUUCACAAAUGUCAAAUUACUGCAAGUUUAUUUCAGAAUUGUGUCAUUCGAAUGACAAAAAUAUUGUUUAUUCAGUUAACAAUAAAUCUUCAAAUUUUUUUCAAGUUUGAUUUUUUUUUUUUUAAACUUCACACAUUUUAUCAAAACAUACAGGGGGAAAAAAUUCAGAGUAAAUCUUCAAUAAAUGCCAUUGCCAUCAAAUCAUAUGCUCAUUUUCUGAGUCUAAUUCUAGACCUGAAGUGUUAUACAUCACUUGAAAGGGAAUUUAAUAAUAUUCUGGUUCUGGUUGUGUUUGUUGCUGCAUCCAUGUACUGGCAUCUGUAAGUCUUCGAUUUUACAUUAAGCAUCCAAAUAUGGCUGAAAAAUGUUUAUUUUUGUGAUUUUAAAAAAAUUGAGGUGCAUUUUUUCAAAUGUUUUGAGAAAAACUUGAAGUGUUCAUUACUAGCGUCCAAAUUAAAUGAAUGUUGUUCAUCUGGCAAGGUUCUCUUCUGCAGGUAGAUCAAGCCAUCCUCAUAGUCAGAAGUGCACUGGCCAAUCAAAUUGACUGGUCUGAAAUUUGGAACGUCGUCAAGGAGGCCCAGGCCAAUGGAGACGCGGUGGCAUCCACCAUCAAAGCCCUGAGGCUGGACUCGAAUCAGAUCACAUUACUUCUACAGUGGGUAGAGCCUUUCCUUUUUAGUUAUGAUAUAUUGCAGCAGGCCUUAUUGAAUUCUCCACGUAAUACAGGGUUCAGUGACUUUUCUUUAAGUUAACAGUAAACUCUUGCUUAAAGUAUUUUGGAGCAAUGUCACACAAAUCUUUUCCAGAAAUUUCUCCUAUUUAUUUAAGUAUGCAGAACUAGGGUGGUUGUGAUACAAAGCAAGUGUAGUUGUGAUGAGUGAUUGAUGUAAUUCCAUCAUUUGAUGAAUGCAAGAUUUUUAAUUUUAAAAAAAAUUCUUCACAUCUCAGAACCAUUUUUUUUUCUUCAUUAUAUGUGUUAGUAUUACAACUUUAUAAAACAUCAAUUGAGUUUUAAAGGACACAUGAACCAGAAGCAAAGUUAUAUUGCCUGGAAAAAUUGAUUUUUUUUUCCCGGCAGAACAAAAAUGAACAAGAGAUUAGAGCAUGAAUAAAGUAGUGGGAAUGCAAUAUUUAAUUGUAAAAAAAAACAAAAAAACGCCAAUCUAAUAAAUUAGAUAAAGUCUCUACAAACAGGUAAAUUUACAUCAUAAACAUUUAGUCUCAAAUUUAGAAUGAAAUCACUGUAAAUCAAAAUACCUUAAUUGUGCUGCAGUCUUGUAGAGCAGCUACCGGCAUCCACUGUGGAGAGGAUUUGUAUUUUAUUUGCAACAUGCUUGUGGGUUGUACGUCUCAAACAGGCGUGUGGGUUGUAUGUCUUAAACACGCAUGUGGGUUGCACAUACAAACAGGCAUGUGGAUGAAAAGGGACGCACUUAGAACACUUUGCCCAGCUGAGUUUUUGGUGAAGAUAAAUCUUGAUCUAAUAUAUUUGUUUGUAUAUCAUCUGUCCUAAGGAAUCCGUAUGUCGCCACAGAAACUGAGAAACAGAAACCAAUGAGGGUAGAUAUUGACUUGAGCCUGAGUGCUUACGGCAACUCUAGAAAGUAAGUACCUGAGAACCUGAGGCUAUUUCUUCACAGGUUUUAACUCUUUCAAAAAUUUAGUUAUUCAAUAUUACCUCGAACAUUAGUUCCAGAACCCAUCGUGGAUCAGGAGGAAUCGCUCAUGUUUGGUACAAGUCAGUAAAAAUGUUUAUUCUCCCCCCCCCCCCCCCCCCUUUUUUUUAAAAAAAUUUUUUUUUCUUUUUUGGUACAAGUCAGUAAAAAUUUUUAUUCUCCCCCCCCCCCCCCUUUUCAUUAACAAAAAUUUUGUUGCCGAUUUUACUCAUAAAAGCAUGAAAACUUAUAAAUUACUUAAAAAAUUGAACAUAAAUACGUCUGCUGGGUUUUUUCAGGUAUUCUCGGCUCUGUAAAUAAAAUCGUGAAUGCAAAUUAGUUAGGUUUCAAUGAAAAUUUGAUGAGGCCGUGAAUUUGCAAAUCCCUAAAUGCAAAUGCACAAGGCAUUACUGUACUAAAGUUCUUUAGCGGUACUGGACUCCUAAAAUCAGAAGAACUCUCAUGUGCUGAACUAAUUUAAUAAAUAAGUUCCAUUCUGACUUGCGAAAGCCACUGUAAAAUUACAAGCAAUCUCCCAAUCUCCAUGUCUUUCGUCUGUUUUUCUAGAUACUUUGACAAAAAAAGACAAGCCGCCAAGAAAGAGCAGAAAACAAUGGAAGCAUCUAGUAAAGUGAGUUUAAACAGCUGUUGAGAUAAACCAGUGCUAUUCAUUUUUUUUUUAAAGGAUACAUGGCUGUGCACCGUGGCACAAAGGAUAAUUUUAUUACUGAACAAAUGCUUUCUUGCAGAGAGCAAAUUUUAGCCGUUUUGGUUUGAGCCUGCGUUACAUGCUGUUGUGACGUUCUACAAAUUCAUUCAAAUAAAUGUCUGUGCUUUCUACUUAAAACAUGCAGGCUUUCGUUACAUGCUGUUGUGAUGUUCUACAAAUUCAUUCAAAUAAAUGUCUGUGCUUUCUACUUAAAACAUGCAGGCUUUCGUUACAUGCUGUUGUGACGUUCUACAAAUUCAUUCAAAUAAAUGUCUGUGCUUUCUACUUAAAACAUGCAGGCUUUCGUUACAUGCUGUUGUGACGUUCUACAAAUUCAUUCAAAUAAAUGUCUGUGCUUUCUACUUAAAACAUGCAGGCUUUCGUUACAUGCUGUUGUGACGUUCUACAAAUUCAUUCAAAUAAAUGUCUGUGCUUUCUACUUAAAACAUGCAGGCUUUCGUUACAUGCUGUUGUGACGUUCUACAAAUUCAUUCAAAUAAAUGUCUGUGCUUUCUACUUAAAACAUGCAGGCUUUCAAAUCAGCGGAGAAGAAAACAAAACAAACUUUAAAAGACGUGGCAACGGCAGCAAGCAUUAGCAAAACUAGGAAAACAUACUGGUGCGUACAUCAAAUGGUUUAUGCUGUGUACAAUUGUACAUACUGGUGUGCAAAUAGUAUUCUAGAGAUAAGCCUGACUUGCCCAAAUUUUAUAAAAAAAAUAUUAGUUACAUGUGUUACAUGUAUUAUAUGUGGUUUAUGUGUUAUAAGAAUAAUAUGUGUUAUAUGAGUUACAUGUGUUAUAUGUGCUAUAGGCUUUAUCUAUAUAAUAUGUCAGUCAAAAGAGUUUUUUUUAAAGUCUGAUAUCUAAAGUCCUCUGGAAUUAUUUGCCUAUUUGGCUGUUUAAUUUUGCUACAAUUACUUUCAUUUGUCAGGUUUGAGAAGUUCUUGUGGUUCAUAAGUUCUGAAAAUUAUCUGGUCAUUGGAGGACGUGACCAACAGCAGAAUGAACUUAUCGUCAAGAGAUACAUGAAUUCAGGUUUGUGCAUAGUUUUUGUCAAUGGACUGUGUUAAAGUCAAACUUCUGUUGUUGCUCAGUGAGCCUUUCAUGUCACUGGACCGUGUUUAUGUUACUGGACUGUGCUAAUGUUACUGGACCGUGCUAAUGUUACUGGACUGUGCUAAUUUUACUGGACUGUGCUAAUGUUACUGGACCGUGCUAAUGUUACUGGACCGUGCUAAUGUUACUGGACCGUGCUAAUGUUACUGGACCGUGCUAAUGUUACUGGACCGUGCUAAUGUUACUGCUAAUGUUACUGGACUGUGCUAAUGUUACUUGACCGUGGUAAUGUUACUGGACCGUGUUAAUGUUACUGGACCGUGCUAAUGUUACUGGACCGUGGUAAUGUCUGGACCGUGUUUAUGUUACUGGACUGUGCUAAUGUUACUGGAGCGUGCUAAUGUUACUGGACUGUGCUAAUUGUACUGGACUGUGCUAAUGUUACUGGACCGUGCUAAUGUUACUGGACUGUGCUAAUGUUACUGGACCGUGCUAAUGUUACUGGACCGUGCUAAUGUUACUGGACCGUGCUAAUGUUACUGCUAAUGUUACUGGACUGUGCUAAUGUUACUGGACCGUGUUAAUGUUACUGGACCGUGUUAAUGUUACUGGACCGUGCUAAUGUUACUGGACCGUGUUAAUGUUACUGGACUGUGCUAAUGUUACAGGACCGUAUUAAUGUUACUGGACUGUGCUAAUGUUACUGGACCGUGUUAAUGUUACUGGACUGUGCUAAUGUUACUGGGCCAUGCUAAUGUUACUGGGCCAUGCUAAUGUUACUGGACCGUGUUAAUGUCACUGGACCGUGUUAAUGUCACUGGACUGUGUUGAUGUCUUAAAAACAUUGUAUCACAUGGAUCAGAGCCGUUCUUAGGAGUUUGGGGGCCCUAAGCAUGGAGCAUAGGUUGGGGGCCCCGGAAGGGGCGUCCGGAGUGGAGCUUCCUCGAGCUGAGGAGAAAACACCACCCACCACUGCGGCACCUCCAUUCUGCCGAUUUCCAGUCUGCCACCCCCAAAGCUCCCCCCUGCUGCCUCCCUUCCCCUGCCUCCGAAUUCAACUCAGAAUGAUAAAUUUCAGGAUGAGGAAGGUAACGUGAGUGACACAGACGGCUGCAGUGCCAGUUAAAAAAAAAAGACCGGUGGAUCGAGGGCGCCUCACGGGGGCCCCCUCACGUUCGGGGCCCUAUGCGGAUGCGUAGUCAGUGUAUGUCUAAGAACGGGCCUGCAUGGACCAUAAAAUUAAAAAAACAGUAGUUAUGUAAAAAAAAUUAGAAUUUCUGGUGGCACUUGUCAGUGUCCCCAGGAAUAUAUUUUAAAAAAGCUUCUUAAGUCAGGGUCCUGGGCGAAUUCCUGUCACCACCUUUUAGGAAAUAUUGGAGGGGGGUUUGGGGGACACAUUGAGGUUGUGUCAACCUUUUCAUGUAGCAGUUUUACAAAUGCUUGACCUAAAUCCUUUAUUAUGAAGCAUGUAUUUGAUCUAAUUGCCAGGAGAUUUGUAUGUGCAUGCUGAUCUCCAUGGAGCCAGCAGCUGUGUCAUCAAAAAUCCAAGAGGUUGGUUCCAUUUCACUAAGUCACCACAUGGUUAAUUACUGACUUAAGGCAUACGCCAUUAUUUGUGUUCCAUCUGAAUGGUAAGUCUAACAUAGUUAACUGUGGGAUCAGCUUGUUGACAUUCAAUUAUACCCAUCUAGUGGUAGUUAUGAGACAAAUGCUAUGGUCACCAUCGUUCGUGUAGUCAAAAUACUACAGAGCCACCAUUAACUGCACCAGGUUUGUUUAAAAACUAUUGAUUCAACUGUUCUUGUGAUGCACACGCCAUGUCUAAAAGUCAAGUUUCUCAUAAUAAGAGAAGUGAGAAAAACCAAACCAAUGCAGUGGUCCGGGAGCUUCCCGUGUCCCAAACUAUUUAAUAAUAUACAAUUUUUAAAAAACGACAGUAAACUUCUUUUCUGCUAAUAUAAUAUUAUUUAUCAGAAUAAAUAACAUUGGUGUGGUCAACUGUGUGGUCAACUGUGUGGUCAACUGGAUGCUCAUUUUUAUGUACACAAUUUUAUUUCUCAAUGCUUUCAAUUAGGUGGCCCCGUCCCACCCAAGACAUUGAAUGAAGCCGGCACAAUGGCCAUCUGUAACAGCGCAGCCUGGGAGUCCAAGGUGGUGACGUCUGCCUGGUGGGUCUACCCUCAUCAGGUUUCCAAGACCGCACCCAGUGGAGAGUAUUUAACUACAGGGAGCUUCAUGAUCAGAGGUCAGGCACGAUUGUAGCGUAAAGAUCAAUUUAAAUUUGAGUCCUCAGUGGUGACUUGGUCACCGGCAGUCAUGGCAAAUUUCAUUGAUGCAAAGCUAACGGAAGAGCUGUGAUGCUCAUGUUCAUUCAACCAGGGCCUUUUACAUUUAUAGGAGAGAAUUUUUGCAACAAUGAAUAUUGUUCUUUCGGAACAUUAUUUUUGUGUUUUGUUUGAGGCUCUUGACGAUUGUUUGUGCCAGCCGACCAGGUUUAACUACCCUUUCUGUGGCUUCUUGCCUUAGCUGUUCAUUUCACAUGUUCGUAUGAGAACUAACAUCGGAAGACCUGAGUGGUGCCUAAGGUCAUUAGAACUGGCCAUCAUGGCCAUUACAUUGUAAUGGAAUUGCUUAGUGUCAUUUUUACUGGGACUCAACCACAUCUCAACCACAAAGGGCUUUUCACAAGAACGCAGUCUUACCAAAGUGAAUACAGUUCUUUGCGACAGUAGUUCUUUUGUUUGGGGCUCAUGAGGUUCACACUGCAAUCCAACCAGGUCAUAGGUUAUUAAUGAAGAAGAUUUUUCUUUAAAAAAUUUUUAAUUUGAUUAUAACUUAUGUCUUCAUAAAAAUUUUAGCUUGAGAAAUAAGAAUAAUUCAGUAGAAUCUAACAAUAAAUAAAUUGGUUCUUCUGUUCUCAGGAAAGAAAAAUUAUUUACCACCAUCCUAUCUUAUUUACGGAUUUGGAUUUCUGUUUAAGGUAAAGUAUGACCUCCUGCAGUAGAUGUAAACAACAAGGUUUGUUAGUUGUUUGUUUGUUAAGGUGCCAUGCAAGGUUUAUUAGUUAAUUGUUUGUUAAGGUGCCACACUGUUUUUUUAUUAUAAAAAAUUAGCAUAAAAUUAAAAAAUGUAUUUAUGGAAGUUAAUGAAACCAAUCGAUCUAUCAAUAUAUUUCCUACUGCUCAUAGUUGUAUUCAAAUAUUUAAAAUAAUUAUAAAAAUAACUUUGGUUUCCUGUUUAGCCCAUUAAAUUGUUUUCUUCAUUGACUUAGCUUGAGGAAGGCAGUGUAGAGAGACACAAAGGUGAACGAAAGUUAAGAACAGCGGCUGAAGAUGUGAUGGAGCGCCAGGAUGAAGACACCUUCCUCGUGAUAUCCGACAGCAGUGAUGAUGAAAAUAAGGAUUCCAGGGAGAAGAAGACCGUUGCAGAGUUGCCCGCAUCCAGCGAGGCCAAGACUUCUGAAGCUCACCCGGCGCCGGAGGACGAGACUUCUCAAAAGUUGAAACGGUUGGGCUCGCAGGGCGAUUCUCAAGCAUUGAAUGCGCUGGGCUCACAAGGGGAUUCUCAAGCCGUGAAUGUGCUGGUUUCACUGGAGGAAGUGGAGUAUCCUGACACCAACAUUCAGCUGGAACACAUCAAAGGAGAUAAGUAUGUUGUCUUUGGUUGAGUUUUUUACAUUUUUUAUAUUAUCAUAUUUGACCUUUAUCUUUAAAUGCAAGAGAGUAAAUUAGCUUUGAUAUGCUCAUGCACAUACUUUGCCAUCAUCUUACUCUGGACUUUCUUCUAGGGCACCGACAACUAGCGACAGUGAGGAAUGAAAACAAACAAAAAAUUCAGAUUUUUGGCACCAUAUCCCCGUAUGGAAUCAAUCACACACUAGCCUACUAGCGAUCCUUAAUUUCCCUCCUUUUCCUAAUCGGUAUUUUUGCUGUUUGAAAUUUUAAGGUAACAGUACGCACCAUAGAAUAAUGUGGGAAGCACGUUUUGGUUUUGAGCAACUAAUAUUUUGAGCAUUUCUAACAAUAACAUAGAGGGCUUCCUGCUAUGAACAUGGAGCCACAUUUACUUUGAGAUCUUAACACAAAAGAAUUAUUUAAAUUGAUGUGCUGUUCAAUUUAAUUGUACUGUCCGCUGAGGAAGGCGUCCAGCCGGAACAUCCUCUUAAUUGUACUGUUUUCAAGCCUUAACAUAUCUUGUUCCACUGCUUGUUUACUUUACAAAGCUUGACAGCAAUCCCUCAUAUAGUACAAUAAACAGAUGUUGUCCCACUAUUUGCUUACUUUACAUGGCUAGAAUGCAGUACCUCAUAUGCUUACUUUACAUGGCUAGGACGCAGCGCCUCACAUGUUAUUCAUUAUUUAAACGUGUUGCUCACUGCAGCUGCCUAAAUAGUUUGUCCGCAGAUUAGUUCUUAUGUAAAAUCAUCGUGUUGUUUAUAAUGUCUGUCUUCUGUUUUUUCCCAUAGAUAUGAGUUGCACAAAGAAACAAAAGCCUCAGCAGAGAAAGAGGACCUCUUCUACCUUGGGGAUAAUGUACCUGUUGUGCUGGGAGAGAAGGUUCGUGUGAUGUCUGUUUAGAAAAAAGUGACAGACUUUAUUUUUGUCUUGUAAAUGUUCAAUAUUAAACAGCUGGACAGCUUUGAUGCUCAACGGUGGGGUUGUCUGCCGUCUGGGAGUGUAACACUCACUAUUUCCGGGUAUCUGGGUCAGCGCCAGGCUCGGCCUUAAUAACUUCCCCAACAUGUUUUGGCGUUUUAUCCUAGGCUGUUAAAGGAAUGUACGUUGUCCUCGUACUUACAUCAAAACACAGCAGAGGAAUCUGAUUAGAAAUGUAGUGGAGAAGGGGUGCAGGGUGUAUGGAAGGAGUGCAGGGUGUAUGGAAGGGGUGCAGGGUGUGUGGAAGGGGUGUAGAGUGUAUGGAAGGGGUGCAGAGUGUAUGGAAGGGGUGCAGAGUGUAUGGAAGGGGUGCAGAGUGUAUGGAAGGGGUGCAGAGUGCAUGGAAGGGGUGCAGAGUGUAUGGGAGGGGUGCAGAGCGUAUGGAAGGGGUGGAGAGUGUAUGGAAGGGGAGCAGAGUGUAUGGAAGGUUAUGGAAGGAGUGCAGGGUGUAUAGAAGGGGUGCAGGGUGUAUGGAAGGGGUGCAGAGUGUAUGAAAGGGGUGCUGAGUGUAUGGAAGGGGUGCAGAGUGUAUGGAAGGGGUGCAGAGUGUAUGGAAGGGGUGCUGAGUGUAUGGAAGGGGUGCAGAGUGUAUGGAAGGGGUGCAGAGUGUAUGGAAGGAGUGUACGAUGGUAUGGAAGGGUUGUAGGAUGGCAAGGGUGUAGGAUGUAAUGAGUGUAGGGUGAAAUGGAAGGGGUGUAGGAUGGUAUGGAAAGAAGAUGGAUCGGUUCAGUUCCUCGGGGGGGGUGGGGGGGGGUUCAUCCACAGCAGUGGGUAACCAGUAUACUGGUGAGUGUGGUUGGCUUAUGAAGACUCGAGCAAGCCAUUCAACUCUAAGGGACCUGGAAAAGGGUUAAAAGAAACAUGCCUCAUAUGCAGAAGUAUCCUUAUAUUUUGCUACAAGAAAUAUACAAAUGGUAGAGAAAAGCCUGAAAAAGGAAAACACAAAAAAGCAAACAUUAAGGCCAAGAAGCCUUUGACCACAAAGAAAUACAGAGACAAACGCUGGACGCAGUCCUCCCAGUAUUUUUCUUACGUUAUGCUCACAGCUCUAAUCCCCAAGAUUGGGACAUUUUCAACAACAUAAAAUAUGCCUGUGAAGCGCCAGAUUGAUGAAUCCACCUGGCUUUUUGGUCAUUUUAUUCCUUAAGUGUUCUUUUGAUCUACUGGGUUUUUGGUCAUUUUAUUCCCCAAGUGUUCUUUUGAUCUAUUGGGUUUUUGGUCAUUUUAUUCCCCAAGUGUUCUUUUGAUCUAUUGGGUUUUUGGUCAUUUUAUUCCCCAAGUGUUCUUUUGAUCUAUUAUGUUUCUGGUCAUUUUAUUCCCCAAGUUUUCUUUUGAUCUACUGGCUUUUUGGUCAUUUUAUUCCCCAAGUUUUCUUUUGAUCUACUGGCUUUUUGGUCAUUUUAUUCCCCACGUUUUCUUUUGAUCUACUGGCUUUUUGGUCAUUUUAUUCCCCAAGUUUUCUUUUGAUCUAUUGGGUUUCUGGUCAUUUUAUUCCCCAAGUUUUCUUUUGAUCUCCAGGUUUCAAGAAAAGUAAAAGUUUCAGCCAAACAACGAAGGUGAGAGCAUUUAAGUUUUCUCUGAGCAAAAACAAAUUAAAAUUCUCUUUUAUAUCUUGUUGGUCUUCAUUUUUAAAACUAUAGUUUUGUGCUGUGAAAUUUAGGGGGACUGACACCACAUUUUAAAUUUAGAUCAGUGGUUUUCAAACUUUCUCCAAUAAGCGCCCUCUUGGGCUCAAAAAGUUGCCCUAAUGGUCCCAUGUCGAACCCAAUUAUAAGAACCCUCAGGCUAAAGUUUGUAUGACCCUCUGGAAGAUAAUAGAAAUGUAAAAUUUGUCACAUAUCACUUCUGUAAUAAUUUCAUUUAUUAGCUAAUUAAUCCCUUGUUUUAAGGCUGUCAUCAGAAUCGCCAUUGGCUUUGUUCGUAUUUGUAUGCCAUUGCUUUGCUGUGAAAACACCUUCCACCAAAUAAAUGAUGAGAGUGGAACACAGAGCAAUUUCAUGGAUCAGAAUAUGAUGAUGGAUGCCAUACUGUAGGCAACACUUUCUUGGCAUAACCAUUUUAUAACAGGGUUAAAUCAUUUUUUGCUGAUUAAGCCCUCCUUCAACAAUUGCGGUAUUCAUAACAAAUGGAUUUUUCACCCAAUCUCUUUGUUGUGUGUAGCAAUGAGAUCGACUCUUUUUUUUUUCAAAACCAAACAAAGCCCCUGGGCAAUCCUACAGCCCACUUUGAGAACCACUGAUUUAUAUGUUGGAAUCCAUUGAGCCAAAUGACAAAAUGGAAUUUUUCUACCAGGGAUAUGAAAAGAGAGAGGAAACCAGAAGAGGGUGAUAAGACAGAGGACAGUCGUUCAGCUGAUAAAGUCAAAGAUGAGACAAGUCCAGCUACUCUUGAUGGUAAAGAUAAAGAAAAACAACUGGUAGGUUCAAGUACCAAGAUCUUCAGAUGAUCAACUUUUGUGUCUGGGUGGGUUGUGUGGAUACAUGAUUGAUGUGUUCAUAAGUAUGAUCUUGCAAUGAGGCAUGCUAUUACAGUAAUAUAGUUUCUUCAUGCAUGACAAGGUCCUAAAUUUGAAGCAUGCACAUAUUCUUGAAACAUUUGUACAAAAUUGAACAACUUUGAAGCACAACAGCACAAUAUUUUGUUUAUUUAUUAAUAUUUAUACAUUUUUUUGUCUUAUUUAUCAGUUUUGACUUUGUUUUAAAUUUUUAAAAAAAUUUUCAUUGUCACCUCAGAAAACUUUUAUGUACUUGUAAAUGAAAAAAAAUUAAUGUCACACAGUCAAAACAAUUAUAAAAAAUAUAUUUAGAAAAUCAACAAAUUGUUCAAUUCUUUAAAUCACUGAAAUCAGCUGACUAAUGAUGAGGAUAAGCCAAGUGUUGUGGUACAGCCACUGAAAAGAGGUCAGAGGUCAAAACAAAAGAAAAUCAAGGAUAAAUAUGCUGAUCAGGAUGAAGAAGAGAGAAGACUUAGAAUGGAAAUAUUAGCUGUAAGUAUAUUUCUCGUAAGGUUGUAUAUAUGUUAAUUCUUAGGGUGCAUUUUCUUGCUUUUAAAAAGUUUUUUUGAGCUUUUUCGUUUGAACAUUGGAGAAAUUUUUUUUUACAAUACUGGAAAACUGCAACUUAGCUUGAUGUCGUGGCUGACUGCCUGCGAGAUGUUGGUGGAGAAACCGCCUAGUUCAUCAUAUCUGUAGGCAUGAAUCUGACCAACAACACGUAUUCAUUCCAAGGACGGUAUAGAUAGAACAUCCUGUGCAGAACUAAUUGUAUUUUUUUUUUUAAACCCUCUGUUAGUUUCAAUGAGUGUAGCCAAAUGUAUAGAGUGCACAGACAUGGAUGAAGGAUUUUCAUUUGCAUCGUUUGUAAUAUCAUUCGCUUUUGCUGUGUUCAAACUGAAUAUUUUUGGCACGUCUCCUCUGUUUUCAGUCUGCUGGCACAACAAAAGCUGAUCAGUCUAAAAAGGGUAAAAAGGCCAAGAAUAAAUCUACCGCUAAUUCUAAAUCAGAGACACAAGUCAAAACUGGUUCCAAAGCUGAGGCGCUAGCAAAAGCAAACCCUGCAAAGAUGGACUCUGUGAGUGAGAAUGUUCAGCACCUUGGUAAGUGUCCUCUUUGUAUGCAGGCUGAUAGUUAUUUAAAUCAGUUUCAAAUACCGAUUGAAGAUUUUACUUUCAGACGAAAUUUUAGGAGCAAUUGCAUCACUCUGCAUUUAAUACUUUACAUGCUUAUUAUUAAUAUUAAUGAUCCUUGAUACAUUAUGCUCUCUGUUCUUUAUUUCAGUAGAGAGUCAGCAGGAGGAAACUAGUUCAUCUGAUAAUAUUGUGAUACCUGAACCACAACAGGUACAGUAUUCUCAAAUUAGAUAACAUAAUUUAACUGCAUGCAAAGCUAUUAAUUAAUCAUAAAAUUCAAUAUCAAGUUGUCAAAAUCAUGUAAAUCAAUUUACAUGUAUAAUGUAUUUUUUUUCUGGGGAUUAUAACAUGCUUUUAUUUAAUAAAAAUUAAACAAUUUAUUGAUAAUUUAGUUUUUUUUAAAUCAAAAACAGGUGUUAAACUGACAUUGCUGCUGAUACAACCUUACAAUUUUUAUUUUGAUAAAUCCUUUUUUUUUAAAACAUUUGAUUUAGGCUACAAUAAAAUUUAAACCAAACAUUGAUUUUGGUGCAGAAUACCAUGACAUCCAAAAGUCAUAUUGACUUUUAUUACAUAGGUUUCAUUGAUUUCUAAAUCUAAUUUUUGUCCGUUUAUUUAUAUGGCAUUUAAAUGUUUACUGCGUAGCUCUGAUUUUUUUAAAGUUGAAAGCAUGAGUUUUAUACAUUUUCAAUGGUACCUCAGCGCUGUAUAAAAUAUUAGUUUAACUGAUCACAAUUACAGUAUGAAUGCACAAUUGAAGUAACUAUAGUUUGUAAAAAUAAAAAAAACAUUGAUUGCAAGUGAAUUUCAUCAUUUUAAGAAUUAACUUUUUUUUUUUUAAAUUCCUCUAGCAUGGAGAUUCUGAUGAUGAGAAGGAAGAAGAGUUAUCUGCACAGGUGAGCUCUCAUAGAAUGGUCUUUUAAAAUUAGCAUAAAUCUUCUAAACACACCUUUAUAUAUCUUUUAAGCCAGUGCUGUUUAAGGCUUAUUUCUUUGCCUUUAAAAAAAAAAUAGAAAAAAAAAAGCUUGAUUGAAACAAAAAAAAUGUUAAUUGAAAACUUUAGUGAAAGGGGAAAAUAAUUUCUAAGUCACAUGGUUCGGUAGUACUGGGUACUAAUAAGUUUUUUGUAUUAUAUUUUAGGAUGAGUCCAUUAUUGAUUCUUUGACUGGCAUACCCCAUGUUGAAGAUGAGCUUCUUUAUGCCAUCCCAGUGUGUGCACCAUACAAUGCCCUUAUCAACUACAAGUAAGUUUAUUGACAUGUCCUUUUCCUAAAUUUUUUUUUCUUCUUUUUUUGUUUUGUUUUUUUUUUUCAAAAAGAUGUCAGCUCAAUUGGCAAGUAGGUGUAACAUUUGCUUUUACAAAAUAGAAAUAAAUUCCUUCGAAAUGUAAUUUAUGUUACAAACAUUUACUUUGUUAACAAAUUGAACUAAAGCAUAAAAUAAGACCAGUUAACAAAUUGAGUCGUUGUUUGAAAGUCUUGAAAUUUUGUGUAAGUUUCAGAAAUUCUGUGAAUUAUUUCCUGCAUUUAUUCAUAGACCCUAGCCAGUGAAUCACAAUCACAAUAACGAUUUCAAAAUAUGUAAAUGUAAUAUAUCAGAUGAUCCACAUAGACCACAAAAACGCAUAGACCACAAAACAGCAUCACAUAGACCACAACACAAAAAUACAUGGACCUCAACACAAAAAUACAUAGACCAUAAAACAUCAACACAUAGACCACAACACUGCUGUACAAAAGUUUGAAUCUAAUCUACUUGUUUUCUUUUAUUUCAAACUUGCCAGAUUCAAAGUAAAGCUUUUGCCUGGCUCAACUAAAAAAGGGAAAGGUUUGUGCUUUGAAAUAUUUGUAGCAUAUUGUAUACCAUUAUUGUAUUCUAUGUAGAGACCGACUGAAAGGGAUUUUCUGAUUUCGGCCGAAGCCGAAAUUCGGUCGGUCUCUGAUUCUAUGUUAAAAAAAAAUUAAAGUUAUUAAGUCAUGGGGACAGGAGAGUUUUAAAAAGAUCAUUGGUGCAGUUGUAUAAUGUAAGCUACAGCCACAUUUUGAUGAUUUUACUUUUGAGAGGCUCCUUUUGAGAAAGCUAGUGAUACCUAUUUCCCAAUGUAUUGUCAAGAACUGAGAUUAGACGAUGACUUUGAUUAAACAACCCCUAAAACCAAAGCCUUCAUAAAAAGCCUUUAUAAUAUUGAGCAAUGGGGGGUGGGGGCUGAGAAUGUGACAAAAACAUGCAUUUAUGUAAUGCACUUUAUAAGAAUUCCAAUGAGUGUCGCUUUCUCUCCCGCCCCCGGGCUUGAAACCACACAUUUUUUUCACGCCCCUAAACUAUAUUAAUAUUCUAUUGACCCACCCGCUUUUACAUCGCAGAUUUAUUUCACCAAUUAUUUCAGAAAAACAAAAGAAAAAAUUAUGCACCAAACGCACUUGAGAUAUCUUUUUUAAAAAAAGAAUCUUAUUAGUGCAGUUAUCAGGAAUUUUAUUUCUUGAAAUCAGUGUCAUCAUAUUUUAUUCAUCUUACCUUGAAAAACAGGAAAACUGAUUUUUGGGGGGUUCGGAUUGGGGGGUAGGUCUGAAAAUUUGGUAGAGUGUGUUGCCAUCAGCAACGAGUCUAUGUGCCAAGAUUGCUCGAUAGAUUGACGGGUUGUGGGUCAAUUAGCCAUUUGAAGAUUUUGCCAGCCAUGAGCAAAAGCGAUGUUAAUAUAAAGGAUUUGAACCUAUUUAUACCUUACUGUUUGCAGCUGUCAAGAGUGCACUGAAUAUGUUUGCUCAAGACAAAGCCAUCACAAGCAGGGAGAAAACACUUCUUAAAGUUUUGAAGGUAAAGUAAAUUUAUUUAAGAGUUCCACUGAGCAAGUCUCUAAGCAAGAUACAUAUCGCCAUGAUGAUCCAAUAACUGUAAGACACCUGUAAGAUGCACUUUGCACACAAUCAAAGUGUCUCAACUUUUAUGCUUCAACUCGUUCACUGGCCCUAACUUUCCUGUCUAUCUCUCUGAACUGUUGCUUCCUUACAUCCCCACAAGACAACUACGCUCUUCAAUUGACAAUAGAACCCUCUCAAUCCCAAUAACCAAAACUAAAACCAUCGGUGAACGCUCCUUCUACUUCCAUGCGCCCACGUUCUGGAACCAGCUCCCCUUCCACAUACAUUUGUCAUUGUGAAACAUUGUCCACUUUCAAAGAGUCCCUUAAAACCCAUCUGUUUAGGUCCGCCAAUGACCUGUGAUGCACCCUCUUCGUCCUGCCUCAUUUUUUAUCUCUGGUUGAUCCAGUAGUGUAGGCCAAAACGUGCCAAAGUGUACUCGUUUUUAUAGCCAUUUUAAUGCUUAAGCUACUGUUUCUAUAGUCAUUUUUAACAUAGUUAUUACUAUUCUAGUGUCUCUGGUUUUUUAUUUUUAUUUUACUUUAGCAGUUUAAAUAGGUUACAUGUUUUUAAUAAUUGUAAAGUGCUUAGAGCUGUAAGGUAAGCGCUAUACAAAAAUGCCUAAAUAAAUCAAUAAUCCAAUGCAUACAGCUGUAACACUGAUAACGCAAAAAUGUUGAAUGAAAAUGUUAUAUGUCUAAGAGGUUAGUAUUUGAAAGGUCUAUUGCAUUUAAGAAACAUUGUGUUGUUUUUUUUUCCUCUCUUUAGGAUGUUGAUGUUGCCAGGAAUCUUCCAGGGAAGGUCAAAGUGGCAGCUCCAAACUUACACAAGAUAAAAAAAUGAAUGAACGCCUCUUGAUUUAGACUUUUAAAAUUAUUGUUAUACAGAGUUCUUUGGAGACAACUCAGAAAUGAAAAGAUUAAUUACUGUUUACAAAACCGAUGUUACAUUUUUAUUUGUUAAACCAUUGUGAGAGAAAUGUAUAAAAAAGUUCAAUACCGGGUACAAUGGAAAUUGUUUCCCUAAAUAAACUGUUGGAAAAGUAA